AGGAGGGGCGAUAACGCGCUUUGGAAAGGAAAAAAGCACCUGUAGCGGAUCUGCGCCUUCAUCCCUGUCUUUCCUGUCUCCUCAACCAGAGUACACAGUGAGCUCACAAGGCUUCAGUCUAGACUAGUCCUUUACAAGUUUGUCAUUUUUUUUUUUCUCUUUCCUUUUCCAUCGUUUUUGCGCAAUGGUUCGAGCUGAGCGGCGCACCGCGAUUUUCCUGGAACGGCUUACCCUGGUGCUCUGCGUCACAUCAGUUAUCAUUGGCACCAAAGCAGGCUCUACCGCAAUGGCAGACACCUCCACAGUGAACUCCUCUCUCAGCCCAUCCACAGAUGUGCCGUCAGUCAGUAAUGACACGACUGCACCAAUUAGCACUAGUUCAACUACAAGCAAUACAUCUGAGGAAACUUCUACACAUAAUGAUUCUUCAUCCAGCACCACAAGUAAUAUGUUCAGCACUCAUUCCACAGUCCCAGAUGAAUCAAGUAAAUCAGUUGAAGGGACCGGCAUAACGCCGACUUAUAGCACUACCACAGAUGCUCCUCACACAAAUACACAAGUAAUGGACAACACAACCAAUUCUGCAGCUACAACAGAAACACCACUGAUAAGUACCAUGGGACAUACAGACCUAAAUACCACUAUAGAUUUUACACCCAGUAACACUACAUUUGCAUCGACAAAUGCGAUACAUAAUACGCCAGUCACCUCAGAUGUCACCACUAUGCCCUUAGAUAUCACCAAUACAUCCUCAGAUGUCACCACUACACACUCAGAUUUUACCACUACACCCACACCAAGCAUUACUAAUACACCCACAAACAUCUUCACAACCUCCUCAAAUGUCACUUUUUCACCCUUAAAUGAUACUACUACACUUGUCAGCAGUAUGUCUAUAGAUGUUUACACUACACCCACCAAUGUCACCACUACAACCUCAAAUGAUACCACUACACACAUAGAUAUCACCACUACACCUUCAGAUGCCACCACUACACCCUUAAUUACCACUAUGACCUCAAAUGUUACCAGUACAGAUUCAAAUAAUUCCACUAUACCUCCAAAUGCUACCACUACACCUGUAAGUGUGUAUACUACCCCCCCAGAUGCCACCAUUACACCAUCAAAUGAAACCACUACAUCAAAUAUAUCACCACUACACCUGCAAACAUCACCACUAUACCUCGAAUGUUACCACUACACCCUCAAAUAUCACCACUACACCUCAAACAUCACCACUAUACCUCGGAUGUUUCCAAUACACCCUCAAAUGUCACCAGUACACCCACAAAUGUCACCAUGA